AUGGGGUUCUUCACUGGUUUUUUCAGCGGGUUCGCAUUAACCACCUCUGUACUGUACAUCUCAAUCCAGGUCCAUCGGUCCCACCGUCUUGAUCAGCGCGACCUCAUCCGUGAACAGACUCGGAUUCUGAAUCGGUUGGCUUCCCCCGUGGGCGCUUAUGACCGUCGCCUUGUCCCGCGAAAUCUUCCCCAACCGGACAGGGAGGCUACCCGGCCCUCCAGACCGGAAUUGAAAGAUCUACUGAAGCAUAGAUGGAACAAGGAGGUAGAAAUGUUAGCCAGGAAGGCGUACGAAAGUCGAUGGGUGGAUGCGCGGGAUACGGCGGUGGAAGGAUGGAAAAGUUUGAUUCGGCUUGUAAAAAAGGAAUGA